AAUGAGCAACCUAGAGUCUCUUCAGUGCGCACGGCACAAGGUAACAGGCUGCAUUCAAGCGAUGAAAAUGUAAAUCCUGUUAUCUGAGGACUGCCUCCGUUAAGAACGUGCGGAGAUGCUCCUCUUCUUCAACCCUCUGCACAACCUAAACAUCUUAUCUAACCCGCUGUCCGUCUAAGGCAACGGGAUAGUGUAUUCUCCGCUUUAUAGCGCACAGUGAUAUGCAGUGGAAGGAUGUAAUGUACCACUAUUACGUUCCCUUGCAGCUCCACAGCCUGAGGACAGACGACUUUACUUGAGAACGUGGAUGGGCUUUUUCAGACACGUGCAUCUGUAACUUGCAGAAUUUCGAUCGUCAUUGUGGUCUUUUGUUGAGAAGCAUUAUGCUGCAGAAGACCCAGAGGAUUCUCCUGCUGCUGCUUGCAUUUACACAAAGACGCGCGUCCGGUUGGAUUUAAGCUGCAGUCUACUUCACACCAACUGCACUGCCACAACUGUGACCAAAAUAAUGUGUCUGUCAUGAAACUGUGCGCCGGCAGCUUUUCUCAUGAACUCUCUGGUGAAUUUACAGACUUAUAUCUCCAAGUUGGAACGUUUCUCUGCCUCUCGGCCCCAGAUUAUAUCACUUCUCAGCUACAAUGAGACAACGUGGCGGGCUAAGUAGAAGAAAGGUUGCCUAUAGAAGUGCAGUGAGAGAGCGACAGUGACUUCCAGAGGACACCUGCAGACCAGUGAAUGCCGUCUCCGAUGUGGAGCUUGUCGCUGUCCGACGCGCGAGUGGUGCUGAAAUUUGGAUGAUGCCUGGCCAGCGACUGCAAGGCUGCCGCUCCCUGCACUUCAACGAGGACAACGGCCGUUUUGUGCUUCUCGCCAUCCUUAUAAUAGUGUAUCUGCUUUGCGGCGCUGCGGUCUUCUCUGCCAUCGAAAGGCCCUCGGAGCUGCGGGCUCACGGCCGCUGGAACGGGACGCUCCUCAACUUCAGUGAGACCUUCAACAUCAGUCUGCAGGACCUCAACUCAUUCCUGCGGGAGUACGAGGCUGCCAUCGCCGCCGGGAUCCGGGCUGAUGCUCUGAGGCCACGAUGGGAUUUUACAGGGGCUUUUUAUUUUGUUGGAACUGUGGUGUCAACUAUAGGCUUUGGGAUGACAACACCAGUGACAGUUGCAGGCAAGGUGUUUCUGAUCUUUUAUGGGCUGUUGGGCUGUGCUGCCACCAUCCUCUUCUUUAACCUCUUCCUGGAGCGCAUCAUCACACUACUGGCUGUGGUGAUGAAGGCCGUGAGGGAGCGGCGAAUCAGAAACACCGGUCUACUCCCACCGGGCAUCCACCAUGACUUCUCAGCCUACUCCCUCCCAGGCUGGAAGCCCUCCGUGUACCAUGUGAUGCUGAUUCUUGGCCUGUCGGCCAUCACCAUCUCCUGCUGUGCAUCAGCCAUGUACACCCCAGUGGAGGGUUGGGCUUACUUAGACUCGCUCUACUUUUGCUUUGUCACCUUCAGCACCAUUGGCUUUGGAGACUUUGUUAGCAGCCAGAGUGCAGCUUACAAAUACCAAAGCCUUUACAGAGUGGCCAACUUCUUCUUCAUGCUAAUGGGUGUAUGCUGCAUCUACUCCCUUUUUAAUGUCAUCUCUAUUGUCAUCAAGCAGGUGCUCAACUGGAUGCUGGAGAAAAUGAGCUGCUUGUUUUGCCAGCGCUGCAAUAAAGCUAGCGCCUUCCUCGGCAGACGCAAUGCCAUCCGCCCGGGCUCCAAGGGGCGCCAGGGACGGUUUGGCCAGACGUCUGACUCAGACGGGCCCUGUGAUAGUGACACUGAAGGGCGCAGAUUAUCAGGGGAAAUGAUCUCUAUGAAGGACCUGGCGGCCUCUAACAAGGUGUCGCUGGCCAUCAUGCAGAAGCAGCUGUCUGAGUCCGCAAAUGGAUAUCCCAGGACAGUCUGUAGCAGCUCACGCCAUAAUGGUUUCUCCGGUGGGGUUGGUGCCCUCGGUAUCAUGAACAAUAGGCUAGCAGAAACUAGUAACUCCAGAUAGAGGAUAGUGUGGGACAGGAAACAAAGACUAUAUGACAAAUCCUGAGAUUGUUUGCUAUACAAAAAGUACAAGGCUUUUGAAAUGAAUUGUCAGUGUACCUUCUUAUGCAUGAUACAUAUGAUUUUUGGCUACUUUUGGUUCAAACUACAAGCCUGUGGUGACAAUAAAGGUAAUGUAGUGAUGAUUUGAUCUUGAUGGCAUAAAGAGAAAACCACAGUGUCAACAAAAUACCAUAAGCUGAUCUGGACACAUGGGGACCACCCAUCACCCAUACCAUUCACCUGCAAACCCAACUGAGAACAAAUCACUCAAAGUUUCUUAAAUAUCAGUGUUAGUCUGCACAGGUAAUAGUCUGUUAUACAAGCUCAAUAUAUUAGACUUAUUGUUUUAGGGUUUUGCCAGUUUAUUUGAAUGUACAGAAAAGUGUGAAUGAUAUAGCACAUACUAAUCUAUGCAUUAUAUACUUAUCAUGCAUUUUUUGCACCAUUUCUACACUUUCAAUUGGUUGUACAAACCUUGUUCUCUCUUGACACUGGUCAAGCUUUACCCUCAGGCAGUUUAUUCCAUUUCUGGGGGCAGGUGUGGGAAGUAGAAUUUUGUUAAGUGUAGCUGCAAUGUAGCUGAUUUUGACAGGGCUGCAGCGAGGGGCAAUUUUACACUAGCCCACACUAACAGGCGACAAACAGUACUGCUCAAGAUGGAGAAAAGAGCAGAAUUGAAGAAUGAAAAUCCAUUUCUCAAAAGAGAGGAACUGGACUUCUUAUCAGCUCAGAACAUGCUUCAGUGGCCAAAGACUGACUUGAAGGGUAAAAGAAGGCACCUCCCAACACUUUUUCUCACUUGUUUUUGAAGCUCAAAGCUGUCUGCAAGGGCAACAAAUGACAAAGAGUUGCAAUGUAUGAAUUACUCUUUGAAUGCAGAAUGUAUGUAUUUGUAAAUCAGAAUAAAUUACAAGUACAUUUAUGUUUGUUUGAAGUGAAAUAUUAAGGAGUGGCGAGAGGUAGCAAAGGUGGAGAAAUUUGGAUGGGCUUAGCCCAUAGAUGCAUUAUGUUAAAUGAUGCAGAUUGGAAGUAGCCGGAAUGGAAAACAAACCCCAAAGGAUUCUUUUACCUGCACUGAUUUAUGUUUUGUGUGGAUGUUCUGUAUUCAUCAUGGGGGACAUCUUUGCAGAUAUAUGGCUCUUACCUUGCAGAGUUUGAUUUUCCUCUUGAUUUCAUUGUAAAUGUGUAGCAGAGGUUGAAUGGAUGGAGAUUGUCUGCAGAGGAUACGAUGCUAUCCUGCCUCUGCUGCACAAUCGAUGUCCUUGUUGCCGGAAACCAUUUGUUCCUGAGCAUCUGUGAUUUUAAGUGGGGUGAUAAUGUUUGAUGAAGACAGGGGAGGAGGCACUGAUAGUUAAGCUGUCCAGGAGAAAAUGAUCAAGGAAGAGAACUAGAGGGAAAGGUAGAUGGCAGCUGGAGAGAUAGAAAAGCUGGUGUUAAUUGACUCCUUUCAUAUCUAUACUCAUUCCCAGUGCAUAUCAGUGGCCUCUCUCAGCCAAGGGCUCAACUUCUCCUAGCAUCCAUCUUCGACAUAUGUCCUUCCUGGCCACUCACUUCUAUUUCUAUUCCCUUGUUAUCUCAGCAUUCACUUCACACGCACUGCACCAAAACCCUCCUGCUUCCUUUUUCCUGCAGACCUCAGCUUUUUCCUCGCAUUCAUCACCUUACACUGUGAAUAUGACACAUGCCAUUAAAGUACUGUACAUGCAUUUAUAAACAUUAGAAUGUCUUAAAAAGAUUUAUUCUUAGUUGUCAUUUCAGUAUAUAGAUCUGAAUAAUUUCCCUUGAUCCCCAGUCUCAGCAGGAGGAAUAGAAAAAAUGACUCAGGUAGUUAAAUCUUCAGGCUUGUCUUAGUUUUUUCCUGCAUGCCAUUAUGGUAAAGCCAUAAAAUAUAGCUGUAAUUAAAACAGAGAACUAUUUAAAGUCUAUUUUUCUAACUGUAGCUUUGAAAUAUCUACACAUGGACGACUGAAGAAGUCUCACCUUCACAUCACCUGCACAGUCUGUCAGCGAAUUGACCAGAUGCAGCAUUCAGAAAUUAGCUACCCUCUAAAAACAGAUUUUAGGGUUAGGAAGUAUACAGGUUGACAUUUUGGGAAAUAUGCAUUAAAACUACAACAAGUACUUUUUUACACUAUAGUGACAUUAGACAUUAAUUUAUGAGCUUUAGAUGUGUUGGUGCAAGGAUUUUGUAACCUUUGGACGAGGUCAUGCAGACUAAUGGUUUCCCACUGUUUACAGCUUUUAUGUUAAUUCCAAAUGUGGGGUACACCCUGGACAGCUUGCCGGGUUUAGAG